AUGGCUAACAAGAAACUAGUAUUCUUUGUUGUUGUUGCUCUUUGCUCUUCCUUUCCUCUUCCUGCACUCUCUCAACAAAUACCGAAAGUAGAUGCGAUUUAUCAAUUUGGCGAUUCGAUAUCGGACACCGGUAACUUGAUACGUGAAUCCCCCAUCGGAGAACAUACAACCUUUGCAAGACUACCUUAUGGACAAACUUACUUCCAUAAACCUACUGGUCGUUGCUCCAAUGGUCUUCUCAUGAUCGAUUUUUUUGCAAGAUACUUGAAUUUGCCCUUGCUUGAUGCAUAUCUUAAUGAAGCCGGUAACUUCACUCAUGGUGUGAACUUUGCUGUUGCGGGAUCGACGGCUCUCGACACUUCAACCUUAGCUGCUAAAAACAUUACAUCGCCUGUUACCAACAGUUCAUUAUCUGUUCAAAUGGCUUGGUUUAGGUCUCACCUUCAAUCAAUCUGCCCUAAUAAUCCAAAAGGUAAUAAUUGA